AUGUCAAUAACGCUGGACGUCAAUGCAUUUCUAAAUAAAGAUGUUUGUUCACAAUCUGCAUGUAAUGGUGACAGAGCAGAGAAUGGAGCUGGAAAUCAUGAAAACGAGAUUCUAUCUAUGGAAAAGGAAAUGGAAACUACGAAUAUUUUUGAAGAAAUUGAACAUUUGCUGAAAUUUAAUAAGAAUUUAGAAUAUUCCAACGAAUCAAAUAAAGAAGACCAACAAAAGAAAAUUGAAACUAAAAAGGCAGACGAAACAAAACCCACAGAAUCUUUCAAUUUGGAUUUCUUUCCACAUAGUGAGGAUUUUCUAUUGGCCUCUGAAACACAAAGUCUUUUGGGCGAAGAUUCUUUACUAUUCUCUGUGGAACAUGAUCGACUACAGCCACUGAGUUCAAAGUUUAUGGUGCCGGGCAUAUAUAAACGUAUAGAGGGUGUUGAUGCUCAUGAACGCAAAAGAAGACAACAACAAAAAUUAAAUGUUUUCAUUACGACUUUGGAGAAAAGUGGAUGUAUUAUAAGAGAUAAAGAAUUUGAACGUUUAUAUGAUUUCGAUGAAAGUGGAUCACAUAAUCCAAUACGUAAGGUGACAGAAUCUGUAAACGAAAUUAAACAUGAAACUAAAGAGAAGAAGGAGAGGACAUUCACACCUGAAGAUAAUGUAAAUAAAUUAGAAGAUAGUGCUCCUAAAGAACUGGAUGAAUCAGUAGGCAGUGUGCCAAGGGAAGAAAAUGCAAACAAAUCAAAAGAAAAAGAUCCUAAAGAACUGGAUGAAUCAGUAGACAAUGUGCCAAAAGAAUUGGAUAAUCUGCAUCGUUUGGCAUGUGAUAUUUUAAAGCUGGCAAAACGUGAUCACAUUGUCAUUGAUCGUAAUAACAAUGAAAUUGUUAGGACACAUCAUCGAACAAAUCAAAAAACUAUUUAUAGAUUUUGUCAUCCAGAUAUGUUGGAUUUGAAAUCCUUGGGAAGUGAGUCAAAAAUUAGUACCAGAAAUGAGAGUGCAACCAAAGAUAAAAAGCCCGUCAAACUUGGUAGACCAAGAAAAAGGCUGAAAGAAGAUGAAGAUACUUCAAACAAUACUAAAACAUCUCCUAAAGACGAAACAGUAGUCCAACAAACUGAAAAUCCGCAAAAACCUGUAGAUAAACUUAUUCCACAUUCAAGAACUAGAUCGGGGCGUUUGGUUAGAAUACCAUCCACCAGAAUGGAAACUACUUUGGAAUCACAUUCUACUAAAAAUCCAACAGAAGAGUCUCUACCAACUUUGUUAAAUGAUUUAAGAGACACGUCAUAUCACAAUAGUAAAGUAGAUGCCAGCAUUCUCAAAUCUCCCAGCAAAACUCUUUCCACUGCCACUGAGUCUGACUCUGUUAUCGAUAAUGAUAAUCCCUCAGCAACACCAUCACCACCACCACCUAAACGAAAAGUUCCUUCUGAAGCAAUAUGUCCAACUUGCCAUAAAAUAUUUUUGGGUAAACGACUGCAAAGACAUUUUGCUCAACAUCCUGACCAUAUAAAAGUUCCAACCGUAGCAGACAACCACCAAACAUCUGAAAGUAAUCAAAUUACAGAUGCGGCCCAGUCAUCUAUGAAAUCUUCAGAUCCUGAAGAUAUAUCAUUAUUUCGUUUUCUCGUCAAUAAAUUGCAACGAUCUCAACAACUGAAUGAAGAUCAGAAGGCUGAUCUCUUCUUAGCCGAACUGAAUGAUUUAGUGGAACAAUUACAAUUAAGAAGCUCCCGAUUAAUACGCAACACAUCCGGUUUGCAUUUUGUAAAUCAAAAAUGUUCCAAACUAUUGGGUAUACCCGAAGGACAAUAUGCCCUAGAUAUGACUGCCAUAGAGUCCCAUCAUCCCAUUGAAUCGGAACUACUAGACAAUAAUAAUUCUCAUAACCAUCAGACGUCCACAUUAUCAUUACCAACAAAUUUAAAUACCCGCAGUUUAGAUUACACAAAUCUAUCGAUUACCCUCGACGACACCCUAACCGAUGAAGCUGCUCAGAAAUUAAAUUUAUCAGCUGGUGGUAAACUUUUGCCACCCUCCGAAGAAAGUCUAUUGAGAGCCGUUGAUGAUUUGGUACAAACGGAUAUUAGAAAAAUUCAAACUACUGCGGUGUGUGCUAGCGAUACCUCAAAUACCAAUACCACAACAGUGGUAGCCAAUCUUUUGCCGCCACAUAUUGAUCAUGUCAGUGAUAAUGCUGUCGAAGCGGUACAUAUGAAAGAGACAUUGCCAAAUGUGGUUGACAAUACUUCGGCGAAUCCUCUAUUGGAUUUACAAGUGGACUUUUUUCAAUUCAAUAAUUAA